CAAAAUCCAACCUCCCCAUCUCUCGAUCUCUCUCUCGCACGCAUCUCAUUCCUCCCUUUCUACUCUCCUUUGUCACCCCCGUUUUCUCCCUCCCUCCCUCCCUCUCUCUAGUCCAGUCAUGGAGAGGCUGAAUGAGGAGGCGGUGCGCCUGAGCCUGCUGAAGCGCGGCCUGGACUCCUCCUCCUCGUCUUCGUCCCACGGCCCGGGGCCCGCCGCAGAGCGCGACGAGCUGCUGUCCAAGCGCAUCAAGAUGGAGGGCCACCAGGCCAUGGAGCGCCUCAAGAUGCUGGCCUACCUGAAACGCAAGGACCUGGCCGGCUUCGAGGCCGCCGGAUUGGUGGGGCUCAACGCCGCCGCCACGGCCGGCAUGGCCGAUGUCAAGGGUCACCACCACAGCUCGUCGGGGCUGGGGGGCGGGGCCUACGACGAGAGGACUAACGGGACCUUGAGGGGCCCGGCGGCGGGCGUGUCCCACCACGCCAUGUUGGGAAAGAGUGGGAAGGAGAACAUGGGGGAGGAACCGGUGGAUAUGAGCGCCAAAAGAGGUGACACGGACAGAGAACGCCUCACCCCAUCCCCUGACGUCAUCGUCCUGUCGGACAACGAGGCGUCCAGCCCCAGAGGGCCGAGCAGAGGGGAGGAGCGACUGAGGACGGCCAACCUAGAGAUGUUCAAGGGUAAGAGCGGCGAGGAGAGGCAGAAGAUGAUCCGGUCUCUGAGAGAGGAGCUGAGGUUGGAGGAGGCCAGACUGGUGCUGCUGAAGAAGCUGAGGCAGAGCCAGUUACAGAAGGAGAACCUUGUCCAGAAGGUCCCUGUGGUCCAGAACACAGCCUCGGCCAUUCAGAGCGGAGCUUCUGUCCACGGUGCUCAGAGCAUGAACAAGAUGUCUGCCCGACCAGGUCUCCACACCCCGGAGCCACAGAACCUCCGCUUGGCACAGGGUCACUCUGUCAUCAGGUCCGCCUCCAACAGCUCCAUGUCCCAGAUGAUGAUGUCACAGAGGGUCAUAGCACCCAACCCCGGCCAGCUGCAGGGCCAGAGACUGAUGCAGAAGCAGGGCGGCAUGCGUACCCUGACGGGCAGCGCCAACAGCGCUGUGACCUACCAACAGUCCUCCAACCAGCAGGUGGGGGCCUCCCAGCGUUCCUCCUCCUCGUCCUCCUCCUCCGCCAUGUACAUGAACCUGGCCCACAUGCAGGCGGCGGGCGGCGCCGCGGGAGUAACAGGGGUGGGUGCGGUCAGCCCUUCCUCCCUGCACAGCCCCGGAGGGGCGGCGGCGUCCAUGGCCGACACGGCCAGCAGUCAGGCGGCCGCCAAGCUGGCCCUGCGCAAGCAGCUGGAGAAGACCCUGCUGGAGAUCCCCCCGCCCAAACCGCCAGCACCCCUCCUCCACUUCCUGCCGUCGGCGGCCAACAGCGAGUUCAUCUACAUGGUGGGGCUGGAGGAGGUGGUGCAGAGUGUCAUCGACAGCCAGGGGAAACUGCGCUUGCCCUUCUCCUCUAUGGAGCCCUUCAUGUGCGCCCAGUGUAAGACCGACUUCACACCCCACUGGAAGCAGGAGAAGGGCGGGCGCAUUCUGUGCGAACUCUGCAUGACAUCCAAUCAGAAGAAGGCCUUGAAGGCCGAGCACACCAAUAGACUGAAGAACGCCUUCGUCAAAGCCCUGCAGCAGGAGCAGGAAAUUGAGCAAAGAAUCCAACUCCAGGCUGCUCUCGCCACCAGCUCUGCCCAGACGUCCCCCAGUGUGAGCAAGGCUGAGACCAUGAGCCGACACCACACACACAGACAGAACCCUCAGCCCCAGGUGACCCAGUCCCAGGCCUCCCUCCAGCGCAGCCUGAGUGGCUCCGCCCGAGGCGUCCUGUCUAACUUCGCCCAGGCCUCCCAGCUCUCCGUGGCCAGCAGCCUCAUGGGCAUGACAGGCAAGCGCUGUGGCCAGGCGGGCACCAGCGGGCACAGCCGGGCACAGCAGCAGCAGCAGCAUGACAACAGGCGCCAGCUCUACAGCAUCCCUGGGGUAAACAUCGCCUACCUGAACCCAGGCAACGUCGGGGGCCACAAGGGGUCCAGUCUGGCUGACCGCCAGAGGGAGUACCUGCUGGACAUGAUUCCCCCUCGCUCCAUAUCCCAGUCCCUCACUGGACAGAAAUGAAACCACACCACGUUCGCCCCCUCCCCCCCAACCCAUCCUGCUGGACAUGAUUCCCCCCAACCCACCCUUUGCUCCAUAUCCCAGUCCCUCCCCGGACAGAUAUGAACCACACCACUCCUUCCUCCGCCACUUCCUUUCCCCAACCUAUCCUGGUGCAAUACUGCAACACGCACCCCCCGCCCCCAUAACCAUUCGACCCUCCAUCGCAUGCAGUGCCUGUUAGUGUGCCUACCAAACUAACCUGUAUGAAAAACACAAUCAAUCAAUGACUCCAAAAACAAAAAAAGACAAAAAAUAUAUAAAUGAAAGACAACGCUCUUAAUUAAAACGACCAGUCGUUUUAACACGUGAUACAAAUGUUAAUGCAAUCGUCUUUAGUGCAAUGGAUGUCCUUCUCGUUUCGCCGCUACUGACUCGUCGCUGUCCUCAAGUCACCCUGUUUCUAUAUACCGGGGGCGACAGAAUUGGGGUGUUAAUUUUUGUUUAGUAUUCGUGUGCUUGUUUUUUUUUUUAAGCAAUAUUUUGUCUGGCCCCAGCUUUCUUAAAAGAAGAAAUCAGUUCUUUGUCAUUUCUGGGAAUGGCUUAUUUUUUUCCCCGAGAACUACACUGUCUUCCCGGAUUGUCGAUUCUCUCCUUAUCUGGCUUCACUCAACUGGGCCCCCAACAUUUUGAGGUGGAAUCCUGGUGUUACAGACAUCGUCUUCAAGGUGGUGGAAUCUCCCUGACUUGCAGACAUAGCUCAACCUUUGUUUUAAAAAGGUGAUUCUUGUGGUUGCUUAAUUGGCACAAAUUCUCUCAAACCUCUUACACGCUUGGGAGUUUAGGUGCAGAAGGAGGAGGAAAUAAAACUCCAAUGAUUUGUUGAAAGAUACAAUGUUUUAGAUCUUGGGAGCUUGUUCAUAGCAAUACUUCAUGAAGUGACUGUUGAAACGUGGAUACACCUCAAACAGAGAAUGGCCAAUGAACCCAGAUGAGUUUAGAGACCUGGUUCCUGUUUUAAUUUGAGAUUAAAGUCGUGGAUACCACAUUUCAAUCCCACCUCGUUUUUUUUACUUGAGUCAGGACAGGUGCUUUAGUCCGGAGUGUUCUAUGUGGAAAGAUAAAUGACAAAAGAAAUGGAUGAAUAUGAUUGAUAGUGACAUCGUUAUGUAAUAAGUCGUUGGAUUGUUAAGGAUGUCAGUUAGCAGAGUUUUUUAAUUGGACGAGACAUCGGAUGGUGAUUUUUGUUGGCUGGGAAACCUUGUUGAGGAAUUGGAUAGGAGAGACGAGUUCAGAAGAAGAUCUAUUAUAUGACAUUUUGAGAUAAAAUUGGGACAUAGGUGUUGAACCCCUUGUUCUUUUUAUUUAUCUUUUGUUUCUAAGUCUAGAGUUUCCUAGUAAGAGUUACCUUUCUUUGACAUAUAAACUUGUGGAUUCAGUUUUAUAUGAAUAUUACAUUGUCUGACUUUUUUACCUGCUAGUGUACAAGUCCACUAUGCAGUGUAAGGCUUAGGGAAAGUGGCUAGCUCUUAGCUACAACUUAUUCAUAUUUGCAGCGUCUUUUCGAGGAAGUGGUGUAUCUGAAAGGUACUUGGCCUCAAUGACGAUAAAUACUGUGUGACAAACUAGCAGCUGUCAAACUUAAAUCAAACUGUUUAUAUAGAAAUACAAUUACAGAGUAUACAUCAUGGGCCAUAGCAAUGAAUAGGAUUGUACUUUUAAGGAGCACUUGAGGUUCCAAUUAAACUAUUCUAGACAAGAAUGUGUGUCUGUCCACAAAAUAAAAGUCUGACUUGAUUCUUGAUGGGUUCCGAAUAUGAAUGUUCUAUUCAUUAUUAACAGGUUGCACUCAGUCGGUGUUGUCUGCACAAUAUUCCUGAGUGAAGGAAGUGAAGGCCACCAGAAACUGUAUGUAUAAUACAGGAAAUGUGCUUUCCCCUCAGAGCAAGAAGCUUCAUAAAUGAAGAGCAACAGUGUUAAAAUGAAUUAUUCAGUUUUUCUUUAUCAUUUUGCCAACUCAGUUCUCAACUUAAUGAAAUUGUCUUCGGUGUAGUCAUAUUUUUUGCUUCCCACUAAGGUCAAGAUCUCAUUUUCCUCUGUUUCAUUUAACCUUGUUAAACUUCAGAAGCAGGUGCAAUAUUUGGAUACACAGCAUAAGAAAACCUCUUAGGAGUUUUUAUUCUGAAUUUAACUACAUAAUAACUAAAAGAAAUCCCUGUCUGGUAUACACUAGUUGCCGUUAAAUUAUUUUAUCCCUUGUAAGGGAUGUGGCACUUAGGUAAAAUAUCCCAAUUAAAUUUAUCUAUUCUAAGGACAUGAUGAAACACAUUAUAAUCACUGUUUUAGCACAGUGACGGUUUGGUGGUUUUUACCCCCACAGAUUUUUGAUAUGUAUCAUUGUCUUCUAUGCUAUGUGUUUGAUAAUGGUUAAUAACUGUCCUUUGUCGUGUGUAUGCUAUCUCUUCUAUCUACCUUACCAUCAACUUUUCUCUCUGUUCUAUUUCCUGAACUAUGCCAGAUGCAUCCACAAAUGUUAUGGAAAAAAGUUAUAACACUUGGAAAAGAUCAUUUUCAGAUGUCAUUUUUGUAAGGUUUUAAAUAUAUAUAUAAAAAAAACUACCUUUUGCUGACCUGUCAAUCCAAUUUCAUUUCUGAAGAUUUUUGUAAAAAAUAAAAAAUAAAAAGAACAAAAAAAAAUAAAAAGAACUUAAAAAAAAAAAGAAGCUACAAAAACAGUAUAACCUGAAUAAACUGAAUUUGUAUAAGUUACAAAACACAAUGAUACAAUACUUGCUUGAACAGGUGUAUUAAUAAUGACUUGAUGUAUAUAAGCUUUUACUCCUUUGUGGAGCACAACACAUGAAUUGAAGAUGGGUGUACAUUGUGUAGAAAAGCAAGCAAAAAGCCAUGGAUAUUGUGAAGCUUGUCAUUUAGUUUUGUGAUCACUGUAUUCCUGUGCCACAAAUGUGCAAAAACGUGUGGGGGUUAAUAUUCUACCUUUUCUAUUUACUAUCAAAUGCAUUCACACCUUUCGGUAUAUUGUUUUGUAGUACUUAUCCAGUAGGAUCAUUAUUUUGGAUGGUUGUUUGAUCUAUCCCAGGGCCACCUGUCAGUGUGUAAAGUUACCUGCUUUUUGUCCAGUUUUCUUUUGGCAAAUCUGUUGUUCACUUAACAUUUAUUACUAUUUUGACAUUAUUUCAUGCUUUGUUUUGAUUAGUAUAUAGGUAUAAUACUUUUGCAAGGCUUGGUUUAGAUCAAACAACUGGGAUGGGAUUUUCUUUUUUCCCCUAUUUAUCUGUUUCCAGGUACAGGCAGCGCAUGGUCCAAGUAAGACAGAGACUCAUGAGAUGAGCGAUCUUCACUGUGCAUUUUGAAUGCACAGUAGUAUAAAUGCUAAGCUACAUGCUAAUUUUGCCAUUGUCAUUAAGUUUGUGGAGGCAUCCAUAGUGUGCAAUGUGUUGGGUCAAGCAAAUCAUUGGAAGAAUUCAGCAGUCUUAACACAAUGCUGUCAUGGUAGGAUCCCAAAAAUGGCUCAGUAUGGCUUGUAUCAGAUUCUGUCAAAAAAAAUUAAAGCGAUGUUUUCAAAAAUU